AUGGUGGAUUCAAAGAGGAAGUUGUCUGCUUACUGGUGGUGGUUUGACAAACAAAACACUAGUAUCACAAGAAAGUCUCCAUGGCUCCGAUCCACUCUUGCCGAACUUGAUGAGAAAACAGAAUCCAUGCUAAAAAUCAUCGAAGAAGAUGCGGAUUCUUUCGCAGAACGAGCAGAGAUGUAUUACAAGAAACGACCCGAGCUUAUUAACCUUCUUGAGGAUAUCUAUCGAACCCAUCGUUCACUAGCUCUACGUUAUGAUCACGCCACCAAAUCCGACUCCGGUAGUAGUCACCUCUACGACACUUAUUCUGAGUCAUUCGACUUCGACCAUGAUCAAGAUUCCCGUGAACCCGAGAACAACGAUGAUCGUGAACACAAAGAAGAUGAUGAUCAAGUUCGGGCGGAAGAACACGGUUCGAGUGAAGUGAAGAAUCUGAGGGAAGAAAUUGAAAAAAUCAAAAUAGAAAACAAGUUUGAGAAGGAGUUGUUGGCUCAGAAAGAUGAAGAGAAAAGAGAAGCAAUAAGACAACUAAGUUUAUCUGUUGAUUUGCUCAAACAAGAGAAUAUGAAUCUUAAAAAGAGAAUUGGUAAAGAUUCUUCCAAAAAGAAGAACAACAGCAGCAGCAGUUUCACAAGGGUAUUUUGGGGAAAGAUGUUUACUGGUAAGAUGCUAUACAAGUGUCACUAA